CGCGGUCAUCCCGGCUAUAAGCGCGCGACCUCGGGCGCCGCGCUCCGUCCCGGCCCGGCCGCCGCCGCCAUGCAGACCCCCGGCUUCGCGCUGCUGGCCCUCGGCCUGCUGGCCGCGUCGUCCUCGGCGCUCAUCAGAAUCCCCCUGCAUAAGUUCACCUCGAUCCGCCGCACCAUGACCGAGGCGGGAGGCCCCGUGGAAGACCUCAUCUCUCGGAGUCCCAUCACCAAGUACUCGCUGCAGCCCCCCGGGGAGGUCAAGGAGACCAAGGGCCCGGUGCCCGAGAUACUCAAGAACUACAUGGACGCCCAGUACUACGGUGAGAUCGGCAUUGGGACCCCCCCACAGUGCUUCACCGUCGUGUUCGACACCGGCUCCUCCAACCUGUGGGUCCCCUCUGUCCACUGCCGCCUGCUGGACAUCGCCUGCUGGGUUCAUCACAAGUACAAAAGCGACAAGUCCAGCACCUACGUGAAGAACGGCACAGACUUCAGCAUCCACUACGGCUCGGGCAGCCUCUCGGGGUACCUGAGCCAGGACACCGUGUCGGUCCCCUGCAAGUCGCCCAGCGCCGGCGGCAUCCACGUGGAGAAUCAGAUCUUCGGGGAAGCCACCAGCCAGCCUGGCAUCACCUUCAUCGCGGCCAGGUUCGAUGGCAUCCUGGGCAUGGCUUACCCCCUCAUCUCCGUCAAAAACGUGCUGCCCGUCUUCGACAACCUGAUGAAACAGAAACUGGUUGACAAGAACAUCUUCUCCUUCUACCUGAACAGGAACCCCAGCGGGCAGCCCGGAGGGGAGCUGAUGCUGGGAGGCACGGACUCCAAGUACUACCAGGGCGAGUUGUCCUACCUGAACGUCACGCGCAAGGCCUACUGGCAGGUGCACAUGGACCAGUUGUCCGUGGGCAAGGAGCUGACCCUGUGCAAGGAGGGCUGCGAGGCCAUCGUGGACACGGGCACCUCCCUCCUGGUGGGCCCCGUGGAGGAGGUGAAGGAGCUGCAGAAGGCCAUUGGCGCGGUGCCUCUCAUCCAGGGCGAGUACAUCGUCCCCUGUGAGAAGGUGUCCAGUCUGCCCUCCGUCACCCUGAAGCUCGGAGGCCGAGACUACACGCUGUCUGCGGAUGACUACAUUCUCAAGGUGUCCCAGGCCGGCAAGAGCAUCUGCCUGAGCGGCUUCAUGGGCAUGGACAUCCCCCCGCCCAGCGGGCCGCUCUGGAUCCUGGGGGACGUCUUCAUCGGCCGCUACUACACGGUGUUCGACCGCGACCACAACAGGGUGGGCUUCGCCAAGGCCGCCGAUAACUAGCCGGCGGGGCCCGAGUCCCGCGGGAGGGGCCGGCCAGACGCGGCCACCCCCUCCCGCUCACACACACACACACUCACACACACACACUGCCUGCUGCCCGGCCCGGGCGCAGGGCCGAGCUGGCCUCCUGCUCCCGUUCUGGGGUUCGCCCUCCUGAGCCUCAGAAACGCCGCCGUCUGCCUGCUCGUCCGUCUGUGGGCGACAGGGCGGAGGCCGGUCCGGCACCCCAUCCACUUCUCUCUGCCUUAGAAGACUCAGCCCGGGCGGGGCCGCUGCUGGGUCCCAGCCUCCCGGGACCCUCCCGUGCCCCGCCCUGCCUCCCUCGCUGCCUGGACCCCUCGGCGGCCUCCCCGCCCGGUGGGGGGAGGGGGCGGUCCUCAGGAACCUGCCCGGGGCCCUCCCGCCCGGCCGGGGCCAGCGGCCUGGACCCUGCGUCCCACCCCACCCGUCCAGGGGUCCUGGCCACGGAGCCCCAAGUUGAGCAGAAGGGAGCGAGGGGACAGAGCGGGCCCGUGGGGUCACGCGGGCGACCCCACCCCGGAAGGCGCUUGGGCCUGUGGCCGGGGCUGGCCGCGGGCCUGUCCGGCUCGCUUCUGUGGCUGCGCACCAGCGACCACGAACCAAAGCCCGUGGGGCAAAUACACUUGUUCAGGCCUG